ACCAGGUCACACACACACACACACACACACACACACACACACACACACACACACACACACUGUUGCUUAGUUUAAAGGUUUUGUUAUCACUGGAACUGUUAGAGCGAUAAGCCUUCAGUUGUUGCUGUUCAGAGGAAACAGGUGCUAGGUUUAUGCUUUGUAAGUUGCAACAUCACUAACACAGAAUAAAUAAACUGCCUGGCCAAAAAAAGGCACACAUUCGCUGUGGCAUCGUUUCCACGAGCUUCUGCGAUGUCACAACAUUUAUUUCUGUCCUGCAUUCAUUUUUCUCCAACAUCUUGUAUUGAUGACGGGAGAGUCAGACCACUGCGCAAAGUCUUCUCCAGCACAUCCCAAAGAUUCUCCAUCGGGUUCAGGUCUGGACUCUGUGGUGGACAAUCCAAGUGUGAAAGGAUGUCUCAUGCUCCCUGAACCACUCUUUCACAAUUUGAGCCCGAUGGAUCCUGGCAUUGUCCUCUUGGAACACGCCUGUGCCAUCAGGGAAGAUGGAUGGAUGGGUGGAUGGUCCCAAUUUGGGGACAUUUUUGCAUUGCAGCAGCUCAAUAAAAAACAGCAAUAGAAAUGUAUGAAAUAUACAUACAAAAUAAAAUAAAAUAAAAUAUAGAUAUAAAGUAGGAUAUUGUAUAUACAUUAGGUGUUAGAGGAAUGGCAUAUUAAAUAGGAUCUAAAUGUGAAAUGAACAGCGUUCAAGUCCAGUAGUGCAAUAGAAGCUGUGUAUAAGGGUUAGCCAGAGGUGAAUUGUUCAAAAUCCAUUGAUGGAAUAACCUGGUCCUUCAGUAUAUUCAGGGAGUCAGCUGACCUCAUUCUUUGGGCCCAUAACGUUGCUGAACCUAGACCAGAACAACUGCUAUUUAUUGAACUACACAGUGAUGUGAUUAAGAAAAAACCAAUUUAAAUCUUUAUCAAACGUGACCGCAAAUCAGGAUCCCCACAAGUAUCAUGCUAUUUUUAGUCCAGCAGUGGCUCAGUCAGUAGGGGCUUGGACUGGGAAUCGUAGGGUCGCCGGUUCAAGUCCCCGAACAGACUUGAAAUAUGGAAGUGGACUGCUACUUGGAGAAGUCUCAGUUCACCUCCUAGGCCCUGCUGUGGUGCCCUUGAGCAAGGCACCGGACACCUCCAAUCCCCCCUCCCCAUUGCUCCCCGGGCGCUGCACGAUAGCUGCCCACUGCUCCUAGUACUAGGAUGGGUUAAAUGCAGAGGACUGAUUUCACUGUGUGUGCUCUGCUGUGUGCAUGUGUGUGACAAAUAAAGAGGGUUUCAUCCUCCAACUCUAUCUUCUAUUUACACACGUAAACAUACAUUAUACAUUGCAGCCAUAGCUUGUUGUUUUUCCUUGAAACCAUAUUUUAUAUACUUUUACAAUGUGUUAAGUCAUUUAAAUCUGGCAGGGUGGUUAAUGACUCCAUAUAGUUUAUAUUCUGUGGUUUACAAACUCAGAACACAUCUAUUUAUCUUGUUUUACUCAGGUUUUAAUGGUUGGCCCAGAUAUUGGUUGAAAUGGGGAUAACGUGAACAUCUGAACUGAGUGUUUUUCCCAAAGUACUGUUGUGUUUUUCAGAACCUCAUGUGGAAACACAACAUGCUUCUGCACCAGAGGCUGAAGACGACCCGGGUCAACCCGUCUACUCUGAGAUCACAUUUGUCAGCGGUGUCCAAGGUGACGCUGACUGUGUCGUCUACUCUGUUCCUCGGGUGGACUCUAGCUCUGAUGAGCCCCCUCUGUACUCACUGUUAACCCAGAGCAGAAGCUAGUGUGAAUUAAGCCGCCGGGGGAAUAUUCUGAAACAGAGAGAUGGUUCUGGAAUACGUUUAAUAUUAUUAAGACCAUCUCUUAUUUCAAACCUGCUUAGAAUGACCUGCUCAUGUGAGGAUAAAUCCUGCUCUGCUCUCCUUCACAGACGUGCCUCUUCAACAGUUUGCUUCAGGUUACUGUUCCGUAAUGACUUGUUUGAAUUGUUUUGUAUUUAUAUUUGGAUUCGCACCAUUUUUUAUAGAGUUUAUUUUUGAUAUUGUAUUUUAUAUCAGCACUCUUCCUGCUCUGUACUGCAGCUGCUGCACAACACCUUUCCUCUGGAUAAAAAUAAAGUUCUCUUAAGCAAAUGAUGUUUAUUGUUGGCUUGAAACAAAUGAUGCUUUACUUAAAAGGAAAAGAAAGCUGCUGUUUGAAUAAGAAUCCAUAGAAACCUCCAAAUAUUUGCAACAAUUAAUAUCAGAUUAAGGUCCAAAUUGUGAUCUGUAUUCCCAGGAUGCUCCUAUUAGCAUUUACUAGCAUAUAUUGUAGCUUCGCCCUUUUGUCCACAGACUUCACAUGGAAUAAUGUAAAUGUUGAAAGCAAGAUAUAUUAUUUUGCUGCAUUAAGUUACAAAGUUUUAAAGUGAAACCAUACGUGAUACACAUGCAGCUGCAAGAGAGGAGGGUAAAGCUGUGAGUGUUUUAUUUUAAGCAGGGACUCCAUCGUUUAGAGAAGUGAACACCUGAUGGUUUGCCGGUGAAGAAGAGAGGCAGCGUUCAACCAUCACAGCCUCCAACAUGAAGGUCUGCCAGACUCUGAUCUUCCUCGUUCUCACCCUGCCGGGUCCAAGCACUGUUCUUGUCGCUGCAGGAGGACACCCUGUCUUUACCGGGACUGAAGGAGGAAAUAUUUCAGUUCAUUGCUCCUUUUUCUUUUCAGGAAUAAGGAAGUUAUUUUGCAAACAGGACUGUGAAGAAAGCAUACUCAUUGAAACAGCCAAAGACAGGGCUACAACAGGCAGAUUCAGCAUUGAAUAUAGCAAAAAAAAUUAUCUGUCACAUCAUGUUCAUGUUAGCAUCACAAAGCUGACGAAGUCCGACUCAGGACGGUACAAAUGUGGUGUGGACAGAUUUUUGCUUCCAAACUCACAUGAUGUGUUGGAGAUCAUCGUAGAGGAUGCUCCGACCACCUCGGAACCAGAGGGGACUCGUCAACCUUUUCCGUCUGAAGUUCAGUCAGCUUCCACACCACCAGCACCUCAGAGUCAAAGCUCCAGUUUAAGAAGUUUCACAUCCUCAUCAUCUUCCGCUGAAAUCCCCACCCAUUGUGUGCAGCAGCAGAUGGAGGGAACAGCAACACCAGCUGCAGGGGCGCCGCUGUAUGUCGGGCUUAUUGUGCUCGCCAAGAUCAUCCUGUUAUCUCUGGCUGUUCUGUACUCCUGCAGGAGGAGGGCCCGGGAACACAGAGAGUCUCCUGUGGAGGCAGAGUAUGCUUCUGUCUCUAAGACCAACAAAACCACACAGAGCAGACCUCCUGCUUCAGUUUACACGUACGCCAAAUACACCAAACCAGAAGAAGGUCAAUCCGAUGACGACUACAGUUUGGUCGGACCCAUCGGUAUCUCUGCAGCCAGUCCUCAACACAAAGCUGCGAAUGAUUCCAGUGAACUCAUCUACUCUGAAGUGAAAUUUCCUCUGGUUACCGCCUCACCCCUCAAUGCCCCCUCUCGUGCCAAUGAUGUCAUCUACUCCAUGAUUCGGGUGGAGGCGAGCUCUGAAGCCAAACUAAAGGGGGACGCUUCACCGCCUCUAGACUCUACUAGUACUCUUCCUCAGCGGUAACCUCUGUGCUUCUCGCUUCCUCUCUCGGGGCUGACGGCUACACAGGAGGUAUUUUGCAUGAGUAUUAUUAACACUUUUAGUUUUCUUCCUCCAACCUCCUUUGAGAAGUGGCGCGUAUUUGUAACAUAACCAGACAUUUACGAACAAUCUGUGUUAGAGAGCUUCCUAUCUUUAAACAACCUUAUCUUUAAUAAGUUUGAUUGGUAUCAGAGCAGGUAAAAUCUCCAACCUAAAUUGCAAGAACUGAAUAAAAAGAAUUCCUAAUUUCAAUUUAUUUAAUUAAUUAAUUAAAGAUAAUAUAGAUUUUUUACACAAAAGCACAUUUAAUUGACCCAUACAGAACAGAAUAUUAUUUAUUAAAUAGAAUGCUUUCUUCUAUAAAAUCGUACCUGAAUAUAACUAAAUAAAUAACAAAUUGCAGAAUUCUCUUUUUUAAUGUAAAAUGAAUCAAAUAUAAUGGUUCGUUGGGCCUCUGCUGGAUGGGCUAAAAAAUGUAUUAGAGAUUUUCCUAUCAACCUCUAAGGCUUGAAUUCACUUCCUCCUUCUCUGUUUUUUCCACUCAAAACUACACAAAUAAUAUGAUUAUAGGUGUAUCAUGUAACUGUAAUAACUGUAGUUAUUAUGAUGUAGUUGCUGCUCUUCU